AUGGCUUCCAUAACAUUUUCAGGCACUACUGGAAACUUCUCUUUGCAGCCAACAGCUGCCUUUUCUGAGAACUCCAAUCAUAUAAAAGAUGGGUUUAAUCCCUUAAAGAAGAACUUGAGUAAUACUAGUAAAAAACACAAUGGUCGGAGCUUGGUGUCCACAAAUGUAGCAAGUCCACCAUUGCCGGCAAUAGCUCAUCCACCCCCAAAAAGAGAGAGCGGCAAUGGUUACGACGGGAGUCACGUGGCAUGGACGAGUGUGCGGCAGGAGAGAUGGGAAGGAGAGCUGCUUGUCCAAGGAGAAAUACCAUUGUGGCUGAAAGGGACGUACCUAAGAAAUGGUCCAGGGCUGUGGCACGUCGGGGACUACAACUUCCGCCACCUAUUUGACGGCUAUGCCAUGCUCGUCAAACUUCACUUCCACAACGGUCGCCUCACUGCUGGCCACCGCCAGAUCGAAUCCGAGGCCUACAAAGCCGCCAUGAAGAACAAAAAAUUAUGUUUCCGUGAAUUCUCUGAGGUCCCUAAGCCUAACAAUUUCCUAUCUUAUAUUGGUGAGCUAGCCAACCUAUUCUCCGGUGCAUCACUGACUGACAACGCCAACACCGGAGUGGUUAAGCUCGCCGAUGGUCGGGUUGUGUGCCUCACAGAGACCCAGAAAGGGUCAAUAGUGAUUGAUCCUGCUACCUUGGAAACUGUAGGGAAAUUUAAGUACAGUGACACAUUGGGUGGCUUGAUACACUCGGCACAUCCUAUCGUGACCGAUACGGAGUUUUUGACUUUGUUGCCGGAUUUAAUCAACCCAGGAUAUUUGGCAGUCAGGAUGGAGCCGGGGACUAAUGAGAGGAAGGUGAUCGGGCGGGUUGAUUGUAGCCGUGGACCGGCUCCGGGUUGGGUGCACUCUUUCCCUGUGACCGAGCACUACAUCAUUGUGCCCGAGAUGCCACUGAGGUAUUGUGCUGGGAAUUUGCUCAAGGCCGAACCCACUCCCUUGUACAAGUUUGAGUGGCACCCUGACUCCAAGGCGUUUAUGCAUGUUAUGUGUAAAGCUAGUGGCAACAUUGUGGCGAGUGUGGAAGUUCCAUUAUACAUUACGUUCCAUUUCAUUAAUGCUUAUGAGGAGACAGAUGAGGAUGGUAGGGUGACUACAGUCAUUGCAGAUUGUUGCGAACACAACGCUGAUACAACGAUUCUGGACAAGCUUAAGAUACAAAAUCUUCGGUCGUAUAUUGGCAAAGAUGUACUACCAGAUGCCCAGGUUGGUAGAUUCAGAAUACCACUGAAUGGGAGUCCAUAUGGAAAUUUGGAGGCAGCACUAGACCCAAAUGAGCAUGGUAGAGGGAUGGACAUGUGCAGCAUAAACCCUGCUUUUCUGGGCCAAAAAUACAGAUACGCUUAUGCUUGCGGAGCUCAGCGCCCAUGCAACUUUCCUAACACCCUCACCAAGAUUGAUUUGGUAGAGAAGAAAGCUAAGAAUUGGUACGAUGAAGGGGCAGUGCCAUCCGAACCGUUCUUUGUGGCCCGUCCUGGGGCAACUGAAGAAGAUGAUGGUGUUGUAAUAUCGAUGAUUAGUGCGAAAAAUGGAGAUGGAUAUGCAUUGUUAUUAGAUGGAUCAACGUUCAAAGAGAUUGCUAGGGCAAAGUUCCCCUAUGGUCUUCCAUAUGGACUGCACGGAUGCUGGGUUCCCUCCAAAUAAUCAAAGAAAUGAUGAACUAGCCAGUGGCAGUUCUAGUUUCGUUAUUUACAGCUAGCCAAAAAAUGUACCCACUUCGAAUGCGUUGAUGUGUAGGUCAUGGUUAGCUAGGAACA